AUUUUGUACAUCAUGAGCAACCAUUAUAAAAAGGGUCCCUGCAAAACUCUAAAUUCCAACAUCAAGCCAAAGAAAAUCUUUCAAAAACCAGAAGUUGAAGAAGAAAAAUCCUUACUUCAAAAAAACUAAAAGAAAAAAUGGGUGCUAACUACUCAUCUACUUUACAUGAAGCUAAUAAUAUUUCAACCAGAGCACAAGUCAAGAGCUCUCAAGUCAUUGCUUUCCACUCUUCAACAAAAUGGAAGCUCCAUUUUAAUUCUUUGAAAGAUACAAACAAACUGGUUGUAAUUGACUUCACAGCAACAUGGUGUGGUCCUUGCAAAACCAUGGAACCAGUUAUCAAUGACUUUGCUGCUAAAUAUACAGAUGUUGAGUUUGUCAAGAUUGAUGUUGAUGAAUUAGCUGAUGUAGCUCAAGAAUAUGGAGUUCAAGCAAUGCCAACAUUUGUGCUGAUAAGGAAGGGGAAGUUUGUUGACAAGGUUGUGGGAGCAGAUAAAGAUGGACUAAAGAAGAAAAUUGAGAAACACAGAGCUAUCUUAUACUAAGAAAACCAAAGCUAUGGAAUGGCCUUGAGGAAAAAUUUGUGGAAAGACUAAGGAAUGAUAGUCUCUGUGUAGAAUAAAAUUCAUUCAUAUAUCGUUGCACGAAUUUUCAAGUAGAUGAGAUCGGUCUGGUGGUCUCAGUUAUAACUUUCUAAUGGAUAGAACUAGCUAUGUAAUCAUCUCCGGUUCUUGCUCACUAGUCACUUCUGAUUGUAAACCAAAUAGGCUGAUUAAAGCAUUAUUGUUUGGAAUAUUGAUUUGAAUAAGAAAAUGUCUUUCUGGUUUUUUUGUUCA